GCAUCUAGAGCUUGUGAUAAACGGUUUUCUAGACAGACCUAGUUUACUUGGGCGGCAGCCCUUGGUCGGGAAAAACCCGAGUCAUUCCGGCAACGUAGAAGCGGCUGCCAUGGGAAUGAGCUCAUAGGGCAGCUUGCCUGCUUAUCUCUAAUAAUCUUAAGGCUUCAUAAAUAGCAUUUAUUUCCACUUGAAAAACACUACAGUGAUCCGGUGGUUCAAAGGUGUCAAUGAUAAAAAUCUCUUGGCAAUAUAACCAUGAUCCUACACCGAUAUCCAUUUUAGAAACAUCCAUGUAGAUCUUAACGGGUGUGUUGGGUAAUGAAUCUACUUCACCCCAUUCCAGUCUAGAAGGCAUUUUAAUUGAGAAAUUCCUUCCGAAGUAUACUCUUUUGCCUCCACUCAAUGUGAGCUGUAUGUUGAUUUUAAAUAUCAAUUCAUUAGCUUUUAUUUCAUUUUACUUCAAACGCCAUUCUCCACUAGAACUUCAUUUUAUAAUCAUUUGUGUAUAUUAUUUUUGUCCUCGAAUUUAUUCACUUUUUCUAAAUAAUUUCGACUCGCCUAAAAUAAAAAAACAACUAUACAAUGAGUAUUUCGGAUGUAUCCACCGAGUCAGAGUUGACCGUGGCCGAAGAGGAGGAAGAACGCAUUAAUAUCGGACUCUACAUUGGCCAACGCAAUGCUGCUAGCCAACGACAUGGUCGAGGCUGGGCCAUUCUACCGAACGGUGAUCAAUAUGACGGACAAUAUCGUCAAGGCAGGCGUCAUGGCAUCGGUUUGUAUGUGUUUAAGGAUGGUUCACGCUAUUAUGGGUCCUAUCGAUGUGGACACCGUUCUGGUCGUGGCAUGUUCAUAUAUCCCGACGGCAGUAUGUACGAGGGAUGUUGGCGCAAGAACAUUAAACACGGCAAGGGACGCUAUAAGUACGCAAACGGCGACUGCUAUAUGGGCAACUGGUAUCGCGGACUGCGACACGGCGUCGGCGUUUACUGUUAUAAAUCUAGUGAUUGCGGGGAGCUCCGUUUCAAAGGCACUUGGCGUUUGGGUUUUCGUGUUGGACCAUUUCAAAUAUUUUUCGGCAAUGAGGAUCAUUCAACUAUAUUGCAUGGCACUUGGGAUAAUGAGUAUCCACAAGGACCGGCCGUGUUUACCUUUAACGAACGCUACAUGUUGAUGGGAUACUUUCAAACGCCCGGUAUGGGUUAUAAAGUGAAUAGGGAAGUUGAAGGCGAUGCGGAAGAAGUUCUUGGUGAAGCAGAGGGAGUGCGCGAUGAACCUGGUGUAUUCAUUGAUAUGCUGCCGUCAAAGUGGUUUGCACAAGAUAUUUGCUGCUAUGAUUACUCGCAAUUGCCACAAGAGCCAAUACCCUUGCCACUGUCCGAUUCGGAAGUGUCUGUGUGUUCAUUGAGCACAGUGCCCACAGAGUUGACACUCGAGCGUAGUGUUCUAUAUGUGGGCGAGGCAGAGGAAGAAGGAGAGGGCGAGUGUGUGGAGUGUAUACCGUGUGAGGGUGUUAGUGAGAGUGAAAUAGAGACGGAAAGUGAGCCCAUUUGCAGUCCCCAAGGCGAUCCCUGUGCCAUCGAAAUCAUCGACGAAAAUAAAGAAUGUUGAAUAAUGGUUGAAUUCACUUACUGUUUUCUCUUUU